UUCGCAGUUUUUGCCCGUCUUCUUGUUGGAAAAAAGUUGCACUUGAAACUACAUUGGAAUUUGUUAGCCGUUUUUCGGAUCGAAUCCUUGCAUUUCCUGCUGGCCACUUCCGCCAGGUGCCGGGUCCAACGAAGGCGGGACCAUCUUGUGCGCAAAGGUCACGAAAAAAUGAUCUUCAACCUCCGCUGGACACGGUGAAAACGAACGAAAACAAGACCGCCUAUUCGGAAGUUCGCACACGUAAAAGAAGUUUGGCGAAAGUGUUUUCAGGAGAGCGUAAAUUCGUUGAAGGAUUUUUCUGCAUUGGGAAAGUGUUGCGGUAAAUAGGAACUGAACGGAGAUGGCCAGCCCAAGGACACGUCGGGUUUUGAGCGAUUUGAAGCCCAAUAACGAGAAUAACAAAUGCUUCGAAUGUGGAACUCACAACCCCCAGUGGGUAUCGGUAACGUACGGUAUUUGGAUCUGCCUCGAGUGCUCCGGGAAGCACCGUGGUCUCGGAGUGCACCUGUCCUUCGUUCGGUCCGUUUCCAUGGACAAGUGGAAGGACGUUGAGCUGGAGAAAAUGAAGGUCGGUGGCAAUCGGAAUGCUCGAACGUUCUUCGAUUCCCAGGAUGAUUGGGACGAUACGUUACCGAUAACGAAGAAGUACAACACUCGGGCUGCGGCUUUGUAUCGGGACAAAAUUUCCACGCUGGCCCAAGGCAAACCGUGGGAUCAGGCCUCGGCGAUGGCCAGGGUGAAGGACGGUGGAUUUUCGUCCUCGUCCUCUUUGGCGGCACAUUCCAAUAGUAGUAGCAACGGCAUGCACCACUCGAGAAGCACUGGUUCGAUGCAAUCCAGUGGGUAUUCCUCCGCAUCAUCCACCGGGGGAUACCAGAAUGGAGGCGGCUAUCAAGACACCGGCUACCAGCAGUUCAAUACGGCUGAGUUCAAAUCACAGAAGGAGGAAUUCUUCUGUCGCAAGCAGGAGGAGAAUGCAUCCAGACCGGAAAAUUUGCCACCGAAUCAGGGAGGAAAGUAUGCCGGAUUUGGAUAUACGAGGGAUCCGCCUCCCCGAAGCCAAUCACAUGAGCUGUUCGACUCGGUCCAAUCAUCGCUGGCUAGUGGUUGGAGCGUCUUCUCGAAGGUGGCCAACGUGGCCAAGGAAAAUGCACUCAAGUACGGCAGUUUGGCUUCGCAAAAGGUAGUUGAGGUUUCUGGCACUGUUACUGAUAAGGUUAGAGAAGGAACCCUCCUAGAGGGAGUUGGUUCACAGGUCACAAAUUUGGCUAGCAAGGUUGGAGAUGUUGGUCGCAAAGGUUGGGGCAGUUUUGGUGGCGCCGGCAAUUAUAACACCCCUGGAGGGAAUGAUCAAUAUAACGACUUUCCAUCGGAUAACGGAUCCGGCGGUUAUCAGCGAUCCUCUUCCAACGGAAAACUCAGCGGAUAUGGUGGGGGUAGUAGUAACGAAUGGAAUUCCUGGAACAACGAAAGCAAUUCUAAUGCGGCAAAGUCAUAUCAAAAUUCCACGAACGAUGAUGACGAUGGUUGGUCCGGAUUCGAAUCCCACAUGACUACAACAUCCAAGAGUGACGGCGGUUAUCAGAAUGCUUCCUUGAGUGCUGCAACGACAGCCACAUCUGCUGAUUUUCGCGGUCAGAAUACGUCCACUUCCACCAGCCAGCAACAGAUGAGGUCCAGCUCGAGCCGGAGCAGCUUGAAGAUGAAGCAGAAUGCUAGCCUGGAGAAUGACUUUGCGGGGUUGGACAUCAAGAGCAAAGUGGCUCCGUCAGCUCCAGCCGGUAAGAAAAAUAACAACGCUGAAGACGAUCUGUGGAAUAUGCUGAAUAACUAGAAUCUUCAACGAGGACGCCUACGUGACCGCCGUACUGGAUCGGAAACGAUAGCUGGUAUGUUAUGCCGAUGAUAUUUUAUUUCUUUUGUAUUGUUUUUAGCGCAUUUCAAGUUAAAAGAGUCUAUGCCGUACGUACAUUAUAACCCUCCUUUUCCCGCAUCUCCUAAAGUCCUAUUCCUUUUUUAGCAGAAGAUAUAAAAAGCCUAAUCACAGAGAGCAAAGUAUUUAGCAGAAUAUAAUUAGCAAAAAGUUUAUUGUGAGAAUCAAUUGCAAAAGAAUAUAACUUUAUGUACAAGAAAUAAGGAGAAACUGAAGAGAAGGAACACAAUAGCAUUCGCCGUGUAACACACAUUUAUCACAAUAAUCUAUGAAAGGAAACAAGAUAGAUAAACGGCGGUAUAAAUCAAUUAUAUGAAUGAGAAAUGGUAAUGUUACUGUGGUAAUACUAAAAUGCAAUCUAUAUUAUAUGUGCAACUUAAAAA